CGCUCCAUGCGGGCUCUGCCGGCUCCGUGCCUGCUCCGUGCCCGCUCCAUGCGGGACCUGCCGGUUGCGGGAUGAGCCCCUGGCAGCAGCGCCCGCCCAACGCCAGCGCGGCCGGCGGGCCGGGCCCGCGGGGGAACGGCACGGGCCGGGCGGCGGAGCGCGGCAGCGCCGUGUCCGUGGCCAUCCCGCUGACCAUGAUGCUGACGGGCGUCGUGGGCAAUGCCAUGGCCAUGCUGCUCGUGUCCCGCAGCUACCGCGCCAAGGGCAGCCGCAGGAAGCGCUCGUUCCUGCUGUGCAUCGGCUCCCUGGCGCUCACCGACAUGCUGGGCCAGCUGCUCACCAGCCCCAUCGUCAUCUCCGUGUACCUGUCGGGCCGGCCCUGGGCGGCCAUGGACCCCUCGGGCCGCCUCUGCGACUUCUUCGGCUUCAGCAUGACGGUGUUCGGGCUGUGCCCGCUGCUGAUCGCCAGCGCCAUGGCCGUGGAGCGGGCGCUGGCCAUCCGCGCCCCGCACUGGUACGCCAGCCACAUGAGCCCGCGGGCCACCGAGCGCGGCCUGGCCGCCAUCUGGGCCGCCGGCGUGGCCUUCGCGCUGCUGCCGCUGGCCGGGCUGGGCCGCUACGCGCUGCAGUGGCCCGGCACCUGGUGCUUCAUCAGCACGGCCGGCGGCAGCGCCUUCGCCGCCGCCUUCGCCGCGCUGGGGCUGCUGUCCCUCGUGGUCACCGGCGCCUGCAACCUGGCCACCAUCGAGGCGCUGGUGUCGCGCUGCCGCGCCAAGGGCGGCGCGGCGCAGCCCGGCUCGCGGUGGGGCCGCAUCGCCACCGAGACGCUGCUGCAGCUGCUGGGCAUCAUGUGCGUGCUCUCGGCCUGCUGGACACCGCUGCUGGUGACCAUGCUGCGAAUGGUGUCGGAGCACGGGGCCGGGCCGUGCCGGGGCUGGCAGCGCUGGGAGCCGCGCAGGGAGUGCAACCUGCCGCUGACGGCCGUGCGCCUGGCCUCGCUCAACCAGAUCCUGGACCCCUGGGUGUACCUGCUGCUGCGCCGCAUCCUGCUGCGCAAGUGCCGCCAGGCCGCCAGCGCCGUGUCCCGCUGCUCCAACGCCGAGUGCCGGGACAGGGCCCUCACCCUGUCCGAGGAGAUCCGCCGCACCGCCGCCUGAGGGGCCUGCACCGCAGCCUGAGGGACGUCCCGCAAUGGCCUGAGGGACAUCCCGCAAUGACCUGAGGGACAUCCCACAAUGGCCUGAAGGACCUGCACUGCGGCCUGAGGGACGUCCCGUAACGGCCUGAGGGACCUGCACUGCGGCCUGAGGGAUAUCCCGCAAUGGCCUGAGGGACCUGCACUGGCCUGAGGGACCUGCACUGCGGCCUGAGGGACAUCCCGCAAUGGCCUGAGGGACAUCCCGCAAUGGCCUGAGGGGACGUCCCACAAUGGCCUGAGGGACAUCCCGCAAUGGCCUGAGGGGACAUCCCACAACAGCCUGAGGGACCUGGACCGCGGCCUGAGGGACAUCCCACAAUGGCCUGAGGGACAUCCCACAAUGGCCUGAGGGACAUCCCACAAUGGCCUGAGGGACGUCCCACAACGGCCUGAGGGACCUGCACCGCGGCCUGAGGGACGUCCCACAAUGGCCUGAGGGGAUAUCCCGCAAUGGCCUGAGGGGACAUCCCACAACGGCCUGAGGGGACAUCCCGCAGUGGCCUGAGGGACAUCCCACAACAGCCUGAGGGACCCGCACCGCAAUGGCCUGAGGGACAUCCCGCAGUGGCCUGAGGGACAUCCCACAAUGGCCUGAGGGGACAUCCCGCAACGGCCUGAGGGGACAUCCCGCAAUGGCCUGAGGGGACACUGCACAGAGGCCUGGGGGACACUGCAGUGGCCUGGGGAACACUGCACCAUGGCCUCUGGGACUCUACAGUGGCCUGAAGGGACAUCCCACAAUAGCCCGAGGGACAUCACACAAUGGCCUAGAGGGACAUUGCACAAGACCUGAAGGACAUUCCACUGCAGCCUGAAGGACAUCCCACAAUGUCCUGAGGGACACUCUGCAGCAGCCUGAGGGGACAUUCCCACAGCGCUGAGAGCCACGGCCACCUGGAAACCCUCCUGGGAAUCUGCUCUGCACUGGCACCCCCUCACAGUGUCACUGCUUGGACCCAGAGUGCCACAUUCUUCCUGCAAGGUGCCACAAGUGCUGGGAUACAGCAGGACAGGACACUCCAUGGUCACUGGUGGCUGAGCUGCACAACGGGAUGGGGACAUGGUCCCUGCAGAACGAGAUAAGGGACAUUCCACAGUCACUGCAGACGGGAUGAGGACAUCCCAUGGUCACUGCAGAACGAGAUAAGGGACAUUCCACAGUCACUGCAGACAGGAUGAGGACAUCCCAUGGUCACUGCCACUCGUGGCUGAGCUGCAGAGUUGGGUGAGAACAUCCCAUGGUCCCUGCAAACAGGACAAGGACAUUCCAUGGCCACUGCCACUCGUGGCUGAGAUGCACAGGGGAGCUCUUGUGGGCCUGAAGUAGAGCCUGAGAGGGCCUCUCUUGUUUUAAGGUGGAAAAAAUUGCUUUCCUGACAGCCAACAGAUUCUAGAGAAGGAGUUAGUGAGAAUGUUAUUCAGUAACAUUCCUGAGAAUGUUCGAUACUAACAUUAUCUCCUUCAGAGCAUCCUUCCUCAUUUUUUCUGGAGAGGCAAGAGGAGACAGGGAGAAAAAUCACUGGGAAUAAGGAAAAAAACCCGAAAUUUGAUUGGAUUUCAGUGUCUUAAAACUGAGCAGGGGUGGUGGCAGUGAUGGAACAUCCAUCCCUUCCAGGAACUGAAGGCAGCACGAGUCUCCUGAGUCACAGAUACGUCCUGAUAAACACUCAUCCGCAUGGCAGCUGAAGGGAGCUCGAGGAGGAUUAGCACUGGGGCAAGGGAAGAAAUCCCUGAUUUUUCCCUGUGGAAUGCCCAGACAGGCUGGAAUUGCUACUUGCACAGCACCCUCAGAGCUGCUGGGGGCAGAGGGAGAGGGGCUGGAGCAGGGACUGCAGCUGGUCCUCCCGGGAUCAGUGAGAGCCAGAGCCACUGCUCCCAGGGAAUGCCCCUGUACAGGGGCUGUGUGAGGAAUGGGGAUGGCACUCUGUUCCUGCAGUGCCCUACGGAGUGCCCACAGCAGCACCCCAAAGAGUUCAGCUCCUCCUCCAAAAACACAAACGGGGCAGCUCUGGGAGCUUUUAAUCUGCAGCAGACUGGAAGCAGGGGGUGGAAGUGUGUGAAUUUGUCAGGUCUUUUCCCAAAGAAACUUCCAUGGUUUAGUUACAAACUCAGUUCCAAUCCAUUUGUGCCACACCUGAAGUUUAUUUUUUAAAAAAAGCUGUGUCUUAAUGCAUUUUGGUCACCCUUUUGGAGCUGACAGCCUCUCAUGUCUCCUGUUUUGUGGCCUUCGGGGUGAAGUUAAAUGCAAAUACAAUAAAAUACAGCUUAUAUUCCAUGUGCCAGGCGCUGUGGAAUUCAGGGGUCUUGCAGGCAAAUGAAGUCCUGCAUCUGUGAGGAAUUUCUUGCACAAAACCUUUACUUUUACUCUAUUUAAUUUGUUUAUAAAAGUAACUCCUCAGCAAAGAA